UCAAAACCAAUUCUCUCUUCUUCCUUCCUUUCUUCAUUCUCCAUUUCACCAUGGGAAGUGAUCAAAAGAUGAUGAUGAACAUCGAUAUAAUGAAAUCAUCAAUUGUUCCUCCUUCAGAACUCAUAGCAGACUGUCCUAAGCAGUUAUGGACCUCCAAUUUGGACUUAGUUGUUGGUAGAAUCCAUAUUCUCACUGUCUAUUUCUACAGACCAAAUGGAUCCUCCAAGUUCUUUGAUCCAAACGUUAUGAAAAAGGCGCUUGCUGAUGUGCUCGUCUCGUUUUAUCCGAUGGCCGGGCGAUUAGGUAGAGAUGAGACUGACAGGAUUGUGAUUAAUUGUAACAAUGAGGGCGUCUUGUUUGUUGAGGCCGAGUCGGAUUCCACCUUGGACGACUUUGGCGAGCUCAAGCCGUCGCCGGAAUUCCGCCAACUUACUCCUUCUGUUGACUACUCCGGCGAUAUUUCUUCCUAUCCGCUAUUUUUUGCACAGGUGACUCAUUUCAAAUGUGGAGGGGUUGCUCUCGGUUGCGGUGUGCACCAUACAUUGUCGGAUGGUCUAUCCUCGCUCCAUUUCAUAAACACAUGGUCCGAUAUGGCUCGUGGGCUCUCUGUAGCCAUCCCUCCAUUCAUCGAACGGACCCUACUACGUGCGCGGGAACCACCCACCCCUACCUAUGACCAUGUUGAAUACCAUUCACCGCCUUCCAUGAACACCACUGCUCAAAAGCCAGGUUCUGGUUCCCUUUCUAAAUCCUCCACCACCAUGCUAAAGCUCACACUCGAUCAACUCAAUAGUCUCAAAGCCAAAGCCAAAAGCGAAAGUGGAAGCACGCAUAGCACGUAUGAGAUCCUGGCGGCUCAUAUUUGGCGUUGUGCGUGCAAGGCUCGAGGACUCCCAGAUGACCAAUUAAGCAAACUAUACGUAGCCACUGAUGGACGGUCGCGAUUGAGUCCUCGGCUCCCACCAGGCUACCUAGGCAACGUGGUCUUUACCGCCACCCCAGUUGCCAAAUCUGGUGAUCUUACGUCAAAAUCGUUGUCAAACACUGCAAAACUGAUCCACACCACACUGACCAAAAUGGAUGAUGAUUACUUGAGAUCUGCAAUUGAUUACCUGGAAUCGCAACCGGAUCUAUCGGCAUUGAUUCGUGGACCGAGCUACUUUGCGAGCCCGAACCUGAACAUAAACGCAUGGACCCGACUACCGGUAUACGAUGCGGAUUUCGGGUGGGGUCGGCCGAUCUUUAUGGGACCGGCAUGCAUAUUGUAUGAAGGAACCAUAUAUGUUCUACCGAGCCCAAACAACGAUAGAAGUGUGUCAUUAGCGGUGUGCUUAGACGCAAAUGAACAGCCACUUUUCGAAAAGUUCUUGUACGAGUUUUGAAAUUGUGUUUUUGGGUCCAUUUUCUUUGUUUUUUUAUUAAUAAAAAAAUGUAAUGGCAUGAAGUGAAUGAUUGAAAACCUAGAGUAGCUAGGUUCAAAGUUUUUGUACAUUAUAAAUGGUUGCAUAGUUAGCCAAGAUGGCCCCUAUAUAUAUUCUAUUUGAGAGUUCGAUAU